AUGGUGCUCAAAAACUCCAAGUGGGACAAACAAGCCAAGCACAAGUAUCUUAAGAAACAUGGGCUAUUGAAACCUAGAGGUAAUGCUGAUACUUCGUCGUCUACACCCAAGGCGAAAUGGACUGGGAAGAAGAGUACAGAACUGAAUCAAGAAAUUCACUCAGAUUCGGACGAUGGAUGGUCAGACGAGGCAGAUGAGGAAUUGUUGAAUGAAAUGUUUCCACAGCUUGGGAGCACAGAAUUGACCAAGGAGCAGAGAGAGAAGGUCAAGCACCAGAUCUUGCUUGACCUAUUAGCGGAAAGAGAGCGAGAGGCUGAAGCGCAGAAAGUGCAUGAAGCGGAAAAGUAUAACGAUGGGAUAUAUUUGGGCCGAAACCCGAACGCUGUAGACGAGACUGGAUCGGGAGAUGUAGAGGGUGUAGAGGAAGGUGGUGAAGGGAAAGGGGAACUGGACGAAGAGCCAGAGGAAGUUCCAAUUACUCUUGGACAGUUUGUAGCUAAAGAUAUUUUCCAUAAAUCGAGAGCAGCAACCCGCAGGCUCCCAAGGCACAAGUUGAACGAGAACUUGCUAGAGGAGUACGGCAUAGAUUCGUACAGUGAUACCGUCAGGCAGAAGGACGACUAUAACGAUAUGUACAACUCUAAGCAGCAAAGCAGGCCAUUAUCCAAGAUCCUGACCGAGGAGUUGAUCAACUUCAGGAUUGGUCAGGACAAAUUGGGACAGAAGAAGCAAGAUGAAGAAAGAGGACAGAUGAAAGUGCUAAAUGAGGAAGAUAGGGCGCAGUACCAGCAGAUCGAAGCAAAGGCAAAGCAGGCGGCAUUUUUAAGGUCCAUCAAAGAGAAGUUUGCUGCUGAUGCUGGCACCUCGCUCAAUAAAUCAUCGAAAGUGAUUGAGAUCAACAACAUCAAUUCCAGCGAUAAACGACAAAUCGAGAGCCUAGAGAAAAAAUUAAUGAAAAGUAAUACUAAAGUACACGGGAACGACGAGGAUCUUGAUUUGGAUGAGCUCCUAGGCGAAUUAUCGGUUAAGAGUCCUAUCAGUUCUCCUCCAUCAUCUUCCUCAGCUCAUACCCCAUUGCAACAUUGGCUGCGAAAAAGUAAUAACGAUAUUGAUUCAUUCUUGGAAGACUUGGAUACGCACGAAUCGUACGUCACUUCAGACCCUACAAGUGCCAGAGAUUAUCGUCAAACCCCGUCCAGCUCGUCCUCCAGACCAAGAAACCUACCGCCUCCUACAGAUGAGGACUUUUUAGAUGAUCUACUCGGAUGA